GGGUAAUUAAGCUAGGGAUGAGAUGAAAACGCCAUGAUCAUCGUGCGGAGGUCUCUCAUAAAUUAUGGCCAGUGAAGAAAAUAACCCGUUUACAGAUAUUUUGUCUGCAGCUUUAGAUGAAUCAGGCAUCACAGGUGAUGAGUUUGAUUUUUCAGCUCCAGAGCCCACACCAGAACCUGUACAGUAUACAGAUCCUAACAUACUGAUAAGCCAAAACCAAUAUAUACGACACGAGCCUGUCCAAGAUCCUAAUGUUUUUUCUCAUGCUUUGAAACAGUUGGCUACAACAAAUUAUCAGGUGUACACUAAUCAAAGAUCUAGUCCGGUGAUAUUUUCCAACAGUCGGGGAGCUCUCAACAAGACAUCUUCAUCUCCUGCCAUCAUAAGAGUGCCUCCGACAGGUCAAUAUGUAGGACAAAAACAACAACAGAUAAAACUUCAGCCAUCUACACAAGGUGGACAACCAAGAAUUAUCAAAAUUACCCGAGUGGGUAGUAAUGCAAAUAAUCCAAGUGCAAUUAACCUGGCAAAUUUACCGGGAUCUGGAGCUAUUAGAUUUAAUGCUAACAGUGGCUUAGGACUACAUCCUUCAAUUCCAAGCAAUUUAGCUGGAAAGAAGAUAAUAAUCACAAAUGGCAUCGCAAAGACGAGGCCAUCCGAUAUUCCUUCUAGUCAUGUGGUUUACACUCAACCAAACAUUGUCCGUAGUACAAAUUCACCCGUGCAAUUUAUAAACCAAGGAGUGUUUGCAGGUGGUAAGGUAUUCCCCAACAGUAGUAAUGCAGGUGUGUCAUUGUUAAAUAAGAAUAUACCUCACACUUUACAAAGUAAUAUACCAACUAUGUUACAUAGUCCAAGUAUGCCUAAUAUGAACAGUAACAGUUUGUCUAACGGUGAAAUGUCAAAUAUUAUUAAGACAAACAUCACACAGAAAGAUAUAUCACGGCUGUGGUCAAACCAGGAUUUGAAGCUAAAGUCUGUUACACAGAACAUGCAGAAUAUUGCUGGAAUGCAUAGAUCCAUGAGUCAGCAAACUCUUGGUGGCACUAGUUUUGUUUCAAAUGCAAAUCCACUGGAUGAUGAUGAUGUAGAAGAGGAAGUUCAAGAAUUAGGACAUGCUGAAACUUAUGCUAACUAUAUGCCUACAAAAUUAAAUUUAGGAAUCAAACAUCCAGAUCCAGUAGUAGAAACUAGUUCUCUGUCCAGUGUAGAGCCUGAGGAUGUCUGGUAUAAGUUGGCUAUACCAGAUACAACCAUUGAAUGUGGAGAGUUAUCUGCCCUUCAGUUAGAGGCUAUUGUUUAUGCCUGCCAGAGACAUAAUGUUAUUCUGCCAAGUGGAGACAGAUCUGGUUUCUUGAUAGGUGAUGGAGCAGGUGUAGGGAAAGGAAGAACUGUGGCUGGUGUUAUAUAUGAGAAUUAUCUACUUGGUAGAAAGAGAGCAAUAUGGUUGAGUGUAUCUAAUGACUUAAAGGUUGAUGCAGAGAGAGAUUUGAGAGAUAUAGGUGCUGGAAGAAUAGAGGUUCAUUCAUUGAAUAAGUUAAAAUAUGCAAAAAUAUCAUCAAAAGAAAAUGGCAGUGUAAAGAAAGGCGUGAUAUUUGCUACUUACUCUUCUCUGAUUGGUGAGAGUCAGUCAGGUGGGAAAUACAAUACCAGAUUAAAACAACUGCUGAAAUGGUGUGGAAAAGAUUUUGAUGGUUGUAUUGUUUUUGAUGAAUGUCACAAAGCAAAGAACUUGUGUCCAACGGGUUCUAGUAAACCAACUAAAACAGGACAGACAGUAUUAGAAUUACAAAACAGAUUACCUAAAGCCAGGAUUGUGUAUGCCAGUGCUACAGGUGCAUCUGAACCAAAGAAUAUGGCUUACAUGACUCGACUUGGACUAUGGGGUCCAGGAACACCAUUUAAAGAAUUUGGUGACUUCAUUCAAGCAGUUGAAAGAAGAGGUGUUGGUGCUAUGGAACUGGUUGCCAUGGAAAUGAAGUUAAGAGGGAUGUAUAUUGCCAGGCAGCUUAGUUUCCAGGGUGUUACAUUCAGGAUAGAAGACAUUCCAUUAGAGGAGAACUUUAUCAAAUGCUAUAACAAAAGUGUCAGAAUGUGGGUGACAGCAAGGACCAGGUUUCAGAGAGCAGCAGAUUUGAUGGAUGCUGAGCACAGAAUGAAGAAAACCAUGUGGGGACAGUUCUGGUCAGCUCAUCAGAGGUUUUUCAAAUAUCUGUGUAUAUCAUCAAAGGUGAAUGCCUGUGUAAGGCUUGCAAGGGAUGCUGUCAAAAGUGGAAAGUGUGUUGUGAUAGGUCUACAGUCAACAGGAGAAGCCAGAACUCUAGAACAGCUGGAAGAGAUGGGUGGUGAAUUGAAUGACUUUGUAUCAACUGCAAAGGGAGUUUUCCAGACAUUAGUAGAUAAACAUUUCCCUGCUCCUGAUAGAAAGAAAACAUUUGAUCUGUUUGGAGACCGAUUCUCAAGUUAUAAAGAUAAGAAAGAAACUCCUGCUGCUGCUAAAAAUAAUAAAAACAAUAAAAGGAAGAAUGCUGAUACUUCGAGUAAAAAGUCUAAGAAGGCCAAGGGUGAUUCUUCCGACACCAGCAGUGGUUCUGAUUCGUCUGAUUCAGAUAUGAGUGAUAUAGAUCUUGGUCUGGGCAGUGCCUCUAGUUCAGACAACAGUGAUGUAGAUAACUUUAAUCCAUUUGGAGGAUCUGACAGUGAUGAUGAUAAUCCUUGGGUGAAGAAAAAGAAGGGCAAAUCAAAAACCAAAAGUAGUAAAGUGAACAAGAAAAAGAAAAAAGAUCUGGAUUUUGAUGAAGAAUUUGACAAAGCUCUAGCUGCAGCUGGGCUGCUGAAGAAAGCAAAUCCUGCUGCUGAGAAACCAUCAUCCUCAACAUCUAAUGGUAACCAUGAUGAUAACAAUACAAAUGGUAAUCUGUAUAGUAUGGAUUCAGUAGAACAAGCAAUAGCACUUAAGAGAGAGUUGAUGGACAUGCUGGAGGAGUUAGAUGAUCUACCUCCUAACACAUUGGAUCAUCUUAUUGAUGAAUUAGGCGGACCAGACAAUGUUGCAGAGAUGACAGGACGUAAAGGUCGUGUUGUCAGCACUGAUGAAGGAAUAAGCUAUGAAUCUCGUAGUGAAAUGGAUGUUCCAUUGGAAAUUCUUAAUCUCACAGAAAAACAAAGAUUCAUGGAUGGAGAAAAGGAUAUAGCUAUAAUAUCUGAGGCAGCCAGUUCAGGUAUUUCCCUUCAGUCAGACAAACGUGCAAUUAACAGAAAACGACGUGUACAUAUUACAUUGGAGCUUCCUUGGAGUGCUGACCGAGCUAUUCAGCAGUUUGGCAGAACACAUAGAUCAAACCAGGUUACAGCCCCUGAAUAUGCAUUCCUGAUAUCUGAACUAGCUGGAGAACAAAGAUUUGCUUCUACUGUUGCUAAAAGACUGGAAAGUCUAGGUGCUCUUACUCAUGGCGACAGACGAGCAACAGAAUCUAGAGAUCUCAGCAGAUUUAAUUUUGAUAACAAGUAUGGAAGAACAGCUCUGGAGAGUGUUAUGAAAUCCUGUAUGGGAUUUGAAUCACCAUUAGUGCCAUUCCCAAAAGAUUUUGAAGGAAAUUUCUGUGAUGAAGUAAGAAGAGGACUGGUUGGUGUUGGUCUGGUAUCUGUGGACUCCAGAAUUACUGUACCAAUUCUUGAUAAAGACUAUAAUAAUAUCAGCAAGUUCCUAAACAGAAUCCUUGGUAUGGAAGUUUGUCUUCAGAAUUCUCUCUUCAAAUUCUUCUCCAAUACACUUACGGCAAUCAUCCUGGAUGCCAAAAGGAGUGGAAGAUGGGAUAUGGGUAUUUUAGAUCUUGGUGCUGGUGAAGAAAAAGUUUCCAAGAAAGAAACCAAGACAUUUGUGGGGAACGCUGCUUUGAAUACAGCUAAAACUGAAUUAAACACAGUUACAGUAGAAAGAGGGAUGUCAUGGACCCAAGUCCUGAACUUGUACAGGAAAUAUUCUGGUGAACAAGAUGGCUUCUAUGUGUCUGCUAAUGACAAGUUUUGGAAGAAGACUGCCAUUCUGGCUGUUUAUCAUACAACAAACAAGAAGAAGGAGAAGUUAUAUGAUGUCUAUAGACCUAACACAGGGAGACAACCUCAUCCAGAAUCAUUGACUGGUCUACUCAAAAGAUACAAAAAGGUGCUACCAGACAAUGCCCAGAAAUGGUGGGAAGAUCAAUACAUCUCAUCUGCAGUCAACUGUAGUCAUGCCUUCUGGAAAGGCAAUUGCAAGAAGACAGCAUUAGGUCUGCAGUGUGAUGUUGGCCUGAGAACACGAACAUUCCAUGUUCUCAGUGGUUCAGUAUUAAGUGUGUGGAAUAAACUAGAAAAUGUUCUUGCUUCUGCUCCCGGUGGAAUUAACUCCAAAAUGCAGAUUAUUCGUUUAAAAACUGAUGCAGGUGAAAGGAUUGUGGGGAGUUUGAUUCCAAGUAAUUGUUUAAUGGCAUUGUGUAACAUAUUGUCUCAAGAUUGUGUUCAGACUUAUACAGAGCAACAUACUCAGCCAGUCGUUGAGACCGAUGAAUCUCAUCUCAGCAUGCCGUCUUUUGACUUUUAAAGAUUUGACAGAAACUGUGAUAGCCAGCACUACUGUUUUCAUCAGUGAUCUCCUCAAAGUAGUCUACAAGUUAGCAAGUGAUACAAAAAUAUCUAUGUUACAUGCAUUGUUUAAUAUACAAAAGUAGUUCCAUGCCAAGACUUGUUGAUGAACAAUUAAAGAACUUCUUGGUGCUUUGGAGAUUGACUUGUGGUCCCAAUUAUAGGAUUAAAAAUGAGCAUAAUCGGGUUAAUUUAUUGUUGAUUGCUGCUCAUAGAGCUCUAGUCUAUUUGUAAGUUGCAAGGUUGUAUGUGUGUGUGUGUUUGUUUGGAUAGUAGACAAAAGUGGAGAAAGAGUUUGAUUGGUAAUGUGAGAGAAAUUUAUUUAAUAAAUAGCCAUGUGUGAAUACAAAACAUAGAAUGUUAGAAAUAUGAUUUAUCUUAAUGAAAGGGAAAGAAAAAAUGAAAGAAAAAAUAUAUAGCUAACUUGGUUGUCAUUAUUUUUUGUCAGAAUUUGCACCCCUUGUUGAAGUAGCCACCAACUUAUUUGCUUUAGUUUAGUGCCAAAUAUUUUCAUAAGGCCACACAAAUUUGAUUUUUUUUCUUUUGGAAAUUAAUAUUUUUUACUAAUUAUUUGUAUAUUACCAUGACUACCAGAUAAAAAUUAAAAGAUUUGAAUUAAUCUCUCCUUUUAGACUGAACAAAAAUCUUUCAUUUGGUGUUCUUUACCUUCAGCUACUUUCCAUUAAGCCUGAUACUGUCUGAUAUAAUUCUGUAAACAUUUUUUUUUUUUUUUUUAAGUUUAAAUUCAUAAUAAAAUUUUAUAAAAUUAUGUUAUUUUGAAAGUUUAGUAUUUUAACAUGGCAAAUAAUAGAAGUCACCUAAUUUUGUUUCACAAAUUCCAAAGAUCGUAACAAAAAAAUGAUAUGGCCUUUAAAAUUUAUGUUCAGUUACUUUGCAAAUGAUAAAAACAGACCAGUCCGAAAGAUGACUACAUCAAGGGAUGCAUUAUGUGAAAAUAUAUAAAUAUUGUUGUUUUGUGUAUAAAUAAAUUUAAAAUGUAUUUUUUUCUACUAUGCUGUGAUCAUGAAAAUGUAAGAUGUAAAAGAUUAUAUAUUUGUUUAGUGCAUAACCCUGAAGAUUUAAUACAGAAAAGGUCAAGACGCUUGUUAUUGUAGAGAAAAAAAACCAUACAUUUUAUCUUCUUAUUUUUAAAAAUUUAAUAUUACAAUUUUGUUUUAACUUCAGAAAGUAUCAAUACUGAUACUUUAAUAUUAGUUUCGGUGAAAUUUUAAAUGAUGCAUGGUCAAUAUUGAAAUGAUGCAAAGUGUUAUUACUAUAGAUAUAUUUUCUAUAAUUAAAUGAUGCAAAAAAAUAAUUUUAGAGAGUAUUUUCUUUAUUGAAUAAAUAACUAAAGUAUGUUAUUUCAUUAGUUGUUCUUGUAUAGUUUCAAACUGUUAGGUCAGAAGUUGGUUUAUUUUAAAUACCAAAAAUGUCAGGCUCUGCCUCUGGUAAUUGUUAUUAAAAAAGGCAUUGCUCCAGAACAAUUUAAUGUGUUUGCCAUAAAAUCAUCUUGAACAAAUUUAUUCUUUAAUACCUGAGAGAUCUUGUCAGCAUUUAAGCAUAUAAUCUAUAAAAAAAAAAAAAAAAAAUUGAACACACAAAAAGAGCCAAUAUUUUUGGUAUAAAAAGACAACAUGUAGAUAUAUUCUCAACCAAAUGUAUGAACGGAAGAAUAAAGGUAUUAAGCUGUUCAUUUGAUAAUAAUUGAUUCGUAUCAAAGGUCUGUGGUUUUCUAUGGGCACUCCGGCUUCCUCCACC